AUAUGUGACAAGUUGCAGUACACAUACACAAUGCAGUACAUAAAAACAAUGCAAUAAAUCGAUGAUAUUUUUUAAAAACAGAAAUUGUGAAUAAUGCGACGAGGCCGUGUUCCUGAACUGGGGAUCAUACUCCUAGGCCUACAAUUAGUCAGAAAUAUCGGAGUAACUAAUAUUCCUCCUGUGACAUGUCUCGCCAUACUUGGACAGGUUGGCGUGUACCUGCAGAUGUUGGUGGUCCCACGCCUUUGCUUGUCAGGGGAGGGGGUCUGGGUGAAGGGGGAAUAUCUUAGAUUAGUAGUUCCAGCUCUCAGGCACACCCAUGAUAUCCACCUGUACUACAACAUGGUAUCCUUGGCCUGGAAGGGAAUUCAGUUGGAGAGAAGACUCGGCUCCAUUCGGUUCUUCUUCACACUUGUCCUGUUGACCCUGAUGUCCGGGAUAGCGUAUGUACUGCUUGCUGUACUCGCUGCAGACCUGUCAGAGGAUUAUAGUUACAUGCAGCAGUGCUCAAUUGGCUUCAGUGGUGUUCUCUUUGCAUUAAAGGUUUUGACUUCUAAAUACAGCUCGGAGACAGAUAGAGAAUCUUACUUUGGUUUUCUGGUUCCUAUCAGAUACGGGGUCUGGUUAGAGCUAUUGCUAAUCCAGGUUCUUGUCCCUAACACAUCUUUCAUAGGACACUUGGGUGGUAUAUUAGCUGGUCUUGUAUUGGUGAAAGGACCUAUUGGAGGAAUUUCAAGUAUAUUUAGAUCAUAUAGUAUGGUUCCCUUUGGUCCAGGGUGUCUCCUUCUCUGCCUAGGCCUGGUUACUCAGUAUACGGGUUACUUUAAUGGCCACCCUCUCACAGGAUGUUUACCCACUAGGGAUCUGUUCUACCAAUCUUGGGCUCAACCAAGCCUCCAGGGAGCUAAAUAUAUCAUUCUCUCCCCUCUUUACCAUUUAGGUAUUUU